CACUGUGGCUCAUAAGUGCACAAGUAGCAUCCAAAGACGAUUAUUCCGAAGUUUGACAAAAUCCAAUACGGAUUUUUUUGCUUCGAAUUCAAGCGGUUUAAGAUCAUUAAAGAAGAUACAUUUAGAGUAGAAAUUAAGAAUUAGUUGUGUCUUUUUAAACAAAACUUGUUUUUUUUUGUGAAUAAUACAUUUUGACAUACACACAAACAAAGGGAAAUAUGUCUGGAAUUGCUGUUGCUCGACUUGGUGAAGAGAGAAAGGCAUGGAGAAAAGAUCAUCCAUUUGGUUUUGUAGCUCGCCCGACAAAGAAUCCGGAUGGCACAUUGAAUUUGAUGGUCUGGGAUUGCGCUAUUCCCGGCAAAAAGGGGACUCCAUGGGAAAAUGGUUUGUAUAAAUUGCGAAUGAUUUUCAAAGACGAUUACCCGACCAGUCCACCAAAGUGCAAAUUUGAACCGGCUCUGUUCCACCCAAACGUCUAUCCAUCCGGCACAGUAUGCUUGUCACUGCUUGACGAGGAGAAAGAUUGGCGUCCAGCCAUCACCAUCAAACAGAUUUUGCUGGGCAUUCAGGACCUAUUGAACGAACCUAACAUUAAGGAUCCAGCACAGGCCGAAGCAUACACUAUCUACUGUCAAAAUCGACUAGAAUACGAAAAAAGAGUUCGUGCCCAAGCUCGAGCUAUGGCAGCCACUGAAUAAAUGUCACAACCACCAAACAAUAUCAUAAUUUCGAUCAAACGAACAAUCCGCGCGACUACUAACGGCUGCCAUGCAAAACAAAAUAAAACUCUCCCAAAUCAUUAUAAAAACAAAAAGAAGAAAAAAGUUUUAUAAGAAAUAUCACCUCGCCCAAAUCUACAGUGUUGGCAUUACUUCUAAUUUUGACGCACUAAGAGAAUGAAAAUUAAAACACACACACACAAAAAAAUGAGAAAAAAAUGAAUUUAAUUUAAAUCAAUAAUAGUGUCAAAUGGCAAUGAAAACACAAACAAUGAAGUAAAUACAAUGUGGAUGAUAAGAUAAGAAAUAAAAAUAAUCGCUAAUAUUAAGAACUAAAUGAUAAAAUGGAAACUCAAUCUUGGCUUUAUUUUCCAUCUACAAUUUUCCAGCUCAUUUUCUUCAUUUCAGAUUUAAUUUUCAGUUUUCAUAGAGAUUAGGUUCAUUCUGACAUUCAUUUUGGUGAUAAAUAAAGCACGUCAAUUAUUUUGGUUUGCGCCAAAUUUUUGACCGAUAAAUACACACACAUACGUUA